AUGAUUUUGCCUUGUUUGUCAUCACUCUUCUCGCGCUUGCCACAUCUUAUCAACAACAACAAUGAAGGCACCAGCUGGACCAAUCGCUAUCACUCAGUACAGGAACGGACAAAGGUGGCACUCCGACACAAGAAGAUCAGUUUGCAGGUGCUCAGGAGACACCGUCAGCAACCCCCUCAGGGCCCUCCCCAGAGCCAUGACAGGAAUAGUCUCGCCUCAAAACAAAACUUGAGCACGCUCCAUACAACAAGAUACACACCAGGUUGCACCCCUGUUCCACUGGCAGUUCCAGCAAGAUCACAUUAUAUCGAUCGUGCGUGCCAGACUGACUUGUGUCGAAUUUCACUGCUCUCAACAGACGAUCUAGUCUUUGAAAUGCUUCUGGACGAGUGCAGGAUUCCCAAUGGGAGGUCACCUCCUCCCUAUGAUCCUCAAGAUGGCUUUUAG